AUGAACAAGGAAGCCACUGAAGUAUCCGAGAACAACCAUCACCUGAAGGUCUUUCUGCCCAAGAAGCUGGUGGAUUGCGUCCCCAAGUGCCCCGCUUUGCCCAAGGAGCGCCUCCGGUGGAACACCAACGAGGAGAUUGCGUCCUAUUUGAUCACCUUUGAGAAACAUGAGGAGUGGCUCUCCUGCUCCCCCAAAACCAGGCCCCAGAACGGCUCCAUGAUCCUGUACAACCGCAAGAAGGUGAAGUACCGGAAGGACGGCUAUUGCUGGAAGAAGCGGAAGGACGGGAAGACCACGCGCGAGGACCACAUGAAGCUCAAAGUCAAGGGCCUCGAGUGUCUCUAUGGCUGCUACGUCCAUUCGUCCAUCGUCCCCACAUUCCACCGGCGCUGCUAUUGGCUCCUGCAGAACCCGGACAUUGUGCUGGUGCACUACCUGAACGUGCCGGCCAUUGAGGACUGUGGGAAGCUGUGUGGGCCGGUCCUGUGCUCCAUCAACAGUGACCGCAAGGAGUGGCUGAAGUGGUCCAAGGAGGAGCUGGUGGGGCAGCUCAAGCCCAUGUUUCACGGGAUCAAGUGGACCUGCAGCAACGGGAACGGGACGGCCGAGUUCUCCAUCGAGCAGCUGGUGCAGCAGAUCCUGGAGAGCCACCAGGCCAAGCCCCUGCCACGCACCCACGCCUGCCUCUGCACCAGCGGACUCGGGAGCCCCAGCCACGUCCCGCACAAAUGCAGCAGCAGCACCAAGCACCGCAUCAUCUCCCCGAAGGUGGAGCUCUGCCCCCCGUGCCCCUUCCCGGCGCUCACCAAGACCCACGUCGUCCCGUCGGAGGAGGCCAAAGUGGAGCCAGAGGCACCCAGAGCCUCGUCUUCGUCGUCAACCUCUUCCUCCUCCUCGUCCUCUGAGGGCCACAGGGAGCCCCGUCUGGCCAAGGCGGCUUCCCCGGAUGGCGACCCUCUUGUCCCCAAACAGGAGCUUCCGUCCGCCUCCCUCUCGGUGGGACUUCCAGGUGGAACCAACGGCAGUGGGGCCCUCCUGGUCAUGGCCGGCGUGAGAGGCCCUCCCGAGAAGCCUCUAGCCUUGACCCCCAGCCAACAGCUGCUCUCCCGAGAGGGAGGUCAUGGCGAAAGCGCGGCCCCCCCGGCGACCCCUCUGGGCCUGGCUUUGCUCUUGGGACCGGGCCUGGUCCUCUCGCAGAACCUGGACUCCAGUAUGGAGACCGCGGAGUCGGGACCCGCCGAGCCGGACGCGGCCUUCGACCCGGACUGCUUCCUCAACAGCCCCAAGGAAGGCGAGACUUACGGCGGGGGCACCAAACCGGAGCCGCCGCCGUCGGAGAACAACAACAACAGCGGUAACGCCACCGCCCUCCAAGGCUACUCGGUCUUUGUGCCCAGCACCAACCGCUUCUUCAUCCAGGACGAUGGCGGGGCCCGGCCCGCGGCCGCCCUCUUGCCCCCCUCGCCUCCGCCGUCCUCUUCUGCCGGGACGGAAGAAUGCAAGAGCAGCCCCCCGGAGACCCCCAUGGAGACCACCCCCACCGCCGGGGAAGAGGAGCCCCAGGGCGACGAGGGGCCUCCCACGGAGAUUUCGGCCACGGAGCUGCAGGAGGAGCUCUACUCCAUGAUCCAGACGGCGGCAGUGGCGGCAACUGCCUCUCCCUCAACCGCCUCCUUCGGCCUCUCCUUCGACAACCACUUCCCGGACCUCAUUGGCGAACUCAUGACGGACGAGAGCGGGGCGGGCGGCGGCGGAGACGGAACCUCGGAAGGGAACGGCAGUGGUGGAGGGAGGCAGAGCCCCGGGAGGGUCCUCUCUGCGGGGGAGGAUCUGGGCGAGGAGACCCCACAGCAGUCGUUGGCCUCCAUCACGGACUUCUCCCCUGAAUGGUCCUACCCAGAGGGGGGCGUGAAGGUGCUGAUCACGGGGCCCUGGGUGGACCAGGCCGAGCCCUACAGCUGCCUUUUCGACCAGAUCUCCGUCCCGGCCGCCCUCAUCCAGUCCGGAGUGCUGCGCUGCUAUUGCCCAGCCCACGAGGCCGGCCUGGUCCCUCUGCACGUGGCUUGCAAGUCCCGCGUGGUCUCCCUCUCCGUCCUCUUCGAGUACCGGGCGAGGAACUUCUUAGCGCUGCCCAGCACACAGAUGGACUGGCUCUCUUUGGACGAUAACCAGUUCCGGAUGUCCAUCCUGGAGCGGCUGGAGCAGAUGGAGAAGCGGAUGGCCGAGAUGACCGCCAAUGCCGCCACUUCGGUCUCGGCCCCUGCCCAGCAGAGAGGAGAGAGGACCUCCAGCCAGGCUGCCUCGGACUCCUUCGAGGACCGGAUCGUGGCCCUGUGCGAGAAGAUGAUGGCCCAGCCCUGCUGGCUGCGGGCAGGAGCCACGCUGGUCCACCACGUCAGCUUCCGGGGCAUGACCCUCCUGCACCUGGCCGCCGCCCAAGGGUACACCCGCCUCAUCCAGGCCCUCAUCCGGUGGCGGAACCUCAACGUUCAGAGCCUAGACCUGGAGCAAGAGGUGGACCCCCUCAACGUGGACCAUUUCUCCUGCACCCCUUUGAUGUGGGCCUGUGCGCUGGGGCACCUGGAGGCGGCGCAGCUGCUCUUCCGCUGGAACCGGGCGGCGCUCUCCAUCCCGGACUCUUUGGGCCGCCUGCCCCUCUCGGUCGCCCGCUCCCGGGGACACGUCCGGCUGGCCUCCCGCCUGGAGGAGAUGCAGCGCCAAGAGGAAGAGGAAGCCCAGGAGGAAGAGGAAGCGCAGGAGGAGGAAGAGGAAGAUGAGGAAGGGGCCCGCCCAGAGCCGGAAGGAGCCGUGAGCGCCGGAAGCAGCAAGACCUGCGCGACGGGACCCCGGCGGCUGGUGGAGGCCCUCCACAUCCCCUCCCCGCUCUCGGCCAGCCCAGACACAGGACUGAGCACGGCCAGCAGCGUCUCCUCCCCUUCCGAACUCUCAGAGGGCUCCAUCUCGGUCACUUCGGCCUACUCCAGCGGGUCGACGCAGCGGGAGUCCCCGGCCUACAGCCCCGAAGAGGAGUCCGAGGGGGCCAUGGACGUCUGCCCAGGAGAGGAGGGGGGCCUGGCCGGGUGGUACAUGCGGGAGGGCCCCCCCCACCCUGCGCCCCUCUUCUUCAUGGACUGCGACGAUGGGGGCGCCCCUUCCUCUGGGCACGCCGCUGGGCCUCCGCCGGAGAUGGAGCCGGAGCUGCUGAGCUACGCCGAGAAUGCCGAGAACGAGGAGUACCUGCCGGCCACCGACGUCCUGCAGGUGGACAUGAUCACCUUGGCCAAGCAGAUCAUCGAGGCCACUCCGGAGCGGAUCAAGCAGGAGGACUUUGCCUCGGCCGAGGCCCCUCUGAGGGAGCGGCCCUCCAACCUGGGCCUGAGCGAGACCAUGUCCUGGCUGGCCAGCUACCUGGAGAACGUGGACCAGCUCUCCAGCGCUGCCCAGAGACGCUCCUUGGCCUCGGCGUCGUCCUCAUCGUCCUCGUCCUCGCUGCCCUCCUCCCCGCUGCCCCCGGCCCCCUCCUCGCGCCUGAGCCCGCUGCUGCUGCCCCCUCCGCUGGGGGAGCUCUCCCUGGAGCGCCUGCCCCCGCCCCCCUCGGCCGCCAGCUGGGCAGAGUUCCUCAACGCCUCGGCCAACGGCAAGAUGGAGAGCGACUUCGCCCUGCUGACCCUCUCCGACCACGAGCAGCGGGAGCUCUACGAGGCCGCCAAGAUCAUCCAGACCGCCUUCCGCAAGUACAAGGGCCGCCGGCUGAAGGAGCAGCAGGAGAUGGCUGCCGCGGUCAUCCAGCGAUGCUACCGCAAGUACAAGCAGCUCACCUGGAUUGCUCUGAAGUACGCCUUGUAUAAGAAGAUGACGCAGGCGGCCAUCCUGAUCCAGAGCAAGUUCCGCAGCUACUACGAGCAGAAGAAGUUCCAGCAGAGCCGCCGGGCGGCCGUCCUCAUCCAGCAGUACUACCGCAGCUACAAGGAGUACGAGAAGCUCAAGCAGGGACACCGGGCAGCCGCCGCCAUCAGCCAGAAGAUCAAAGGAAACUUCCUGACCAAGAAGCAGGAUCAAGCCGCCCGGAAGAUCAUGCGCUUCCUGCGCCGCUGCCGCCACAGGAUGAAGGAGCUGAAGCAGCGGCAGGAAGUGGACCCCCCCUCACAGAAGAGAGGCCUGGCCACUUAGGCCGAAGAGAAGAAGACGACGGGAUGAAGCCUGCGUCGUCAAAGGCUUUCAUGGCCAGAAUCACUGGGUUGUUGUAGGUUUUUCGGGCUGCCAAGUUCCAGAAGCAUUCUCUCCUGACGUUUCACCCACAUCUAUGGCAGGCAGCCUCAGAGGUUGUGAGGUCUGUUGGAAACUAGGCAAGUGAGGUUUGGACAUCUUUCCGAUCUGUGGAAGGAUGUCCAGGGUUGGAGAAAGCACUCUUGCCUGCUCGAGGCAAGUGUGAAUGUUGCAAUUGAUCACCUUGAUUAGCAUUGAAUGGCCUUGCAGCUGCAAAGCCUGGCUGUUUCCUGCGUGGGGGAAUCCACAGGAAUGCUGGGGUUGAUAUAUUUGUGGAACGAUGUCCAGGGAGGGAGAAAGAAAGAACUCUUGUCUGUUGGAGGCAAGUGUGAGUGUUGCAAUUGGUCAGCUUGGUUAGCGUUGAAGGGCCUUGCAGCUGCAAAGCCUGGCUGUUUCCUGCCUGGGGGAAUCCACAGAAAUGUGGGACCACUCUGGCAACGACCAUGCCAGACGACACAGAGAAGCCACUGAAAUCCACGAGAAGCAGGUGGACAAUGUCAACAGAAAGGAGGAAACCAUGAACAUGGACACAAUCUAUAAUCAGGACAGUAAAUAAGCAAAACUCAAAAAAAUAGGGGAAUUCCAGGCAGGAAACAAUCAGGGCCAGCCAAUCACCUCCCAACAAAGGAUUCCUCCCAGCCAGCAGCCACCUAGGCUUUGAAGCUGCACGGCCAUUCAGUGCUAAACAAGGUGAAGCCAUGAACAUGAACACAAUCUGGCUCCCAGUAUU